AACAAUAACUUAAGUAAUUAUCACAUUGGCAAUGUUUGCAAAACAGAGAUGAAAUAUAGAUUCUUUCAUUUAGUUCUUCUUGAAUGCUUGAAUCGUCAAUCGAAUGCGACUCUUCGCCAAAUUAAGUGCAGAAAAAUGCUCUUUAACUAUGUCAUCAUUUUCGCGUGUGCGUUAAUAGUACAUUGCAAAAACAUCCCCGAUAAUAACACUGCUAUUAUAUCAACGUAUGCGAAAGUGGCCCAUUGGGGUGCCGUUCCAUCCACGACGCAAAAAUCGCAAUCCGAGGGUAGAAGUCACAAUGGGCAAACUCUCUGGACUCACAGAUCGGACGUUAACAUAAUUAGUGGUCAAAAUUUUAAAUCGUCGAAACCCUCCGUCGUCUAUCAGUACCCCGUCCAAAAAGUUGGCAAAGUCAAACCCGAGACUGCCCCAGCAGUUGGCGAAGUCCAAGAACGUUUCAAUCCUCGUCCUUAUUUUGACUACACACAAGUGCCCUCAAAACCCAAAAACGAGCAAAAACCGAAAGACUCUCCUCCAACCUCAACUUUCGACAGUUUUCCAGUGUUUAACAAACCACAGUCCCCUCCUCCCACCGACCUUUACUCCUCACAAUACAACUCGUACAAUCCUCCUCACACUGGUCCUGUGGCACCCCCUGAUGACAAACCUGAUAUCGCUUACCCCCCAAAUGCUCCUCCGCCACCAGACAACACUGAUGCUACUCCUGAUGACUCCAGUGGUUAUUCGUACAACCCACCUGAAGACACGCCUCCACAAUCUGCAUAUCCAUCACUUGGACCUCCAUUAGCCCCCAAUGACGACCACAAGGAGCAAGUUUACUACCCUCCAAAUGACAAUAACGGACAUAAGGAACAAGUUUACUAUCCUCCUUCUAACAAUGGUGACAAUGGUCACCAAGAGACAAUUCUGGACCAUCCUCCUCCCGGCUGGGAGGAUAGUAAAGACAUGGCAGCUCCUCCGGAUAUGAUGCCACCAUCACCACCCGCAAUGAAUGGCCAUGACAUGGCCGAACAUGACCUAUCACCUCCCCCAUCUCCCGAUUUUGGAGGCCAAUUCCCUCACUAUCUCUACAAUGGGCCAAAUGGAGGAGGCCACGACGUUGACUAUGAUUUUGAACAUCACCACGUCUAUAAAGAAAUCACCACGACAGAAGCUCCCGAAGACGAACGAGUCAAUAAAGGCCACUACAGUUACUAUUAUUUAGGCAGAAAACUGUGGUACAUCCCUUUGUAUUUUAGUGUUUAUUUUAUUAUUUAUGUAACAGUCUUAAUUCUGAAAUCGAUCGCGAGACAUAAAAUACAGUUCAAACAUGAACAUUUUCAUCGAGACAUGUCAAAAGAUAUGGACCAUCAUGGGCGGUCACUGAAUAUUGACGAAAUCCAUGAAAAUGUCACUGAGGGUAUUGAGAAAACUAGAAGGAAAAUUGCUUUUGUCGCUAUGUAAAUGAAUUUGUAUAAAAUGUUUUAAUAAAGAUUUAGACAAUUAAA